GAUUAAUAUAGGUCGACAGACCUCCUAUCCUUAUUACUGAAGACUGAAGGAUAUGGCUCAACGAAGACUGAUUUCAAACGAUUACCACGUAGAAUGAUACGCAAAGUUCUACAUGGAUACUUAGUGAGGUCUCUCACACCGACAAGCCGUUGUCACCUCAAACCGCCUGAGGCGACCUUGGUAUUAACAUGUCUUAUCUUUUCCUUCCGUCUAGGACUGCUAAUAAGAGAACGUUCGAAGAAAGUUCAAAAACAGAAUUCAAAUCUUUAACGUCUGGAGUUUCGUUUUUCGCAUCGAGUAGUGUAUUACUGGAAUUCCCUAACGGGACACUGUAUAGUCAUACGAUUCAUCAGAGUUAUUUAACUGCAUCACUACACUCUUAUUAGGAUUUACUUCUAGUGACCACCUGUCUAACCAUGCCACCAAUGAGUUGGCCCAUAAAGGAAUGGAGCUUACCAAAAUUGUUAAAUUGUUGGAUGCAUAUUGCUUACCACACUUGGCCGAAAAGUGGGAUAAUGUCGGUCUCCUAAUAGAACCUUCUAUUCCACACCAUGUGGACAGGAUUUUUAUCACAAAUGAUUUAACAGAACAAGUACUCGAUGAGGCGAUUUCUCAAAAAUGUGGUCUGAUCGUUUCAUACCAUCCACCAAUUUUCUCUCCUCUUAAAAAGCUUACGCAACAGCAUUGGAAAGAGCGUAUAGUUGUACGUUGUAUAGAAAACAAAAUCGGUGUAUUUUCACCACACACCGGGCUUGAUGCAAAACUUGGAGGUAUCAACGAUUGGCUUUUAGAACCAUUAGCUGUCAAUCGGAGAGAGAGUUUAUCUCGAUCACCAAUUACUCAAAAUUUAUCCAGGUUGACCGUUGUUAUGAACGAAAAUUUCGGAGACUUCGUCAUAUCCACAGGAGUAGGAGUGUGUACAACUAAUAUUAAGAGCAAUGCUGGAAUAACAGCCAUUGUUACUUGUACCGAGUCCGAUUUAAAACGUGUUGUAGAUGUGACGGAGGAGCUUAAAAUUUCAGUUGUUAGCAUCGAAAAUAUUCAAAAGACAAGUGAAGAAGGAUGUGGCAGACUGGUCACUCUACAGUUCCCAGUUCAUCUAAAAGCAAUUAUCGCUGCCUACAAAAAGUUUCUAAACAUAGGGCAUUUAACUGUAGCCCCAGGACUAGGUAAAACCCUCGACUGUCCAAUUAAAACAGUUGCUGUAUGUGCUGGUUCCGGUGGGUCGCUUUUAUGCCAAACACCAGCUUCAUUUGCCGCCGAUUUAUUUAUCACUGGAGAAUUAUCUCAUCAUGAUCGUCUUGAGGCUGUUUCUCGUGGUAUUUCUAUUAUUUUAGCUGGGCAUUCUGUUACGGAAAGAGGAUUUUUCAGGGAAAGAUUUAUCCCAGACUUUCGUCAUCUUUUAUCAACUGUACAUAAUGCUGGUGAAAUCCCACACUUGGAAUUGUUAUUAUCCGACGCAGAUCAUGAACCAGGUUUUGUCGUUUAACAAAUUGUUAUUAUGUUUGUGCAAUUUUGUAGUAUUCGAUGUGUUACAACAGAUAUUUUUAAUGGUUUCACUACUUUUUUCCAUUUCCUUCUUAAUACUGGAUAUUAUUGGUCUAUUACCAACUUGUAAAAUAAACCAUAAUUAUCAUCCGA